AUGCGACUGGCGGACGGGGAGAAGACUGGGAUGAGUGAAUCAGGGCGGUGGGGUCGCGUUCCGUCCGACCGUCAGGGGCCCUGUUGUCCGUUCAUUGCAGUUCAGCUCAAACUGCCUGCCCCUUCUCGCUGCGUCUUGCAAGGUCUGCAUUCGGUGUGCGACGAUGGACCGGUCGGCCGGUCGGGCGCCCUCUUCCACGGGCGCCCCUUCCCCGUCAAACGCCCCGCCCCGCUCCCGACUGAUUGGAUGUGCGCCGAUCCCAACGCCAAGCAGAGACUCAAUUUAAAGGGUUCCCAAACUGUUAAUCCACCAAAAACAAAGUGCUGCUUCUGA